AUGUCUAUAAGUCUCCCCUCCACCGUCUCCAUCUCCACCCCCUCCAUAUGUUUACAAAUCUCCUCCACCACCAUCACCAUUCCACCACCUCCUUACAUUUAUAAAUUUCCACCCCCACCUUCUCCAUCACCACCUCCUCCAUAUGUUUAUAAUCACCCCCACCACCAUCCCAUCUCCACCACCUCCAUACAUUUACAAAUCUCCUCCACCAUCAUCACAUCUCCACCACCUCCUUAUGUCUAUAAGUCUCCCCCUCCACCAUCUCCAUCUCCACCCCCUCCAAUGUUUACAAAUCUUCUCACCACCAUCACCAUCCCCACCACCUCCUACAUUUAUAAAUCUCCACCCCCACCUUCUCCAUCCCCGCCUCCUCCGUAUGUUUACAAAUCACCCCCACCCCCAUCUCCAUCUCCACCGCCUCCAUACAUUUACAAAUCUCCUCCACUACCAUCACCAUCUCCACCACCUCCUUAUGUCUAUAAGUCUCCCCUCCACUGUCUCCAUCUCCACCUCCUCCAUAUGUUUACAAAUCUCCUCCACCACCGUCACCAUCUCCACCACCUCCUUAUGUCUAUAAGUCUCCCCCACCACCAUCACCAUCCCACACCUCCUUACAUCUAUAAAUCUCCCCCUCCACCAUCUCCAUUGCCACCUCCUCCAUAUGUUUACAAAUCACCGCCUCCACCAUCUCCAUCUCCACCACCUCCUUAUGUUUAUAAGUCUCCCCUCCUCCAUCUCCAUCUUCUCCACCUCCAUAUGUUUACAAAUCUCCUCCACACCUUCACCAUCUCCACCACCUCCUUACAUCUAUAA